AUGCCCCAUGGGGCCUACGUCAGACCGCUCCUUGAAUACCCCAACCAAGUUGUCUACUCAGGACGCACGAAAUACGCCAUCCCCGUUUCACGGAUUCACGGAUUGAUACACAGGAUCGAGGCUUUUGCCCAAGUUUCCCGGGUCGGUUUUGUUCUUGUCGCAUCCCUUUUUCGUCGACCAGCCGCUACGAAAAUGGUUUCCGGACUCAAAUUCGUGGACUGCGAUACCCGUCUAGCAACGCUUGAACUCUUUCCUCUGAAGUAUCGUCGCCUCUGA